GACCUCCCUUCCACGAUGAUCCUCAGGAACUUGUACAUGGCUCCUGACUCUGCUGUAUCUCAGUGUGCGGGCUGGUAUCGUAGCGACAGCAUCUCCCCUCUGAAGUUGUCCCGGUUGGCGGUCGGUCCCAGUCAGAGCGUAACCGUCCGUCACGUGAUCUCUCCGCUGGUGUACUGAUUUGUUAUCGGUACAGUAAUGGAUUUACUCGUUCAAACAAUUGCUGUUCCUUUCGGCUACGUUUGUGAUGAGAGUGGUUUCAGUGCGACGGAAUUUUCGAGUGAUUUGCAAGUUCUGGAUUUCGAGAUGGGAGAAUCGUGUCGUCACGGUAUGCAACGCCUACCUGAUGUCAUCCCAAGUAGUUUUCAAGAUCUGGUGUAUAUCGAAGCAAGUCCCGCUGAUAACACAACCACGAGAGUUCUUUCGUGUGCUACGCCGACAGUAUUCCGUCAGAGGCACCUCCGUAGAUUGCAACCUUCCUCGGAAGCGUCUGUCAACAUGUGUCACUCCUCUGAGGACCUAAAGAACAUUCUCAACGCCAGACACGAGCAGCAGCAACAGCGACAACCCGUGGACAGCGUCUCCCCGACGCAAGAUGGAUUCAUCAGCACGGUACAUCAUCAUCAUCAUCGCCUUCCGUUUCUCACCUGUCAAACUCACGGGUCCUGCCAUUUUUACCUCUUGAAGAAAUUCAGCUUCGACUUAUGGUUUCUCCUGUCGAGCGGCUGCUUCCGCUGUGGCGGCAGACACCUGAAAUCACAAGAGAGCAAGGAUCGCAUUAGGAAAUGCCACAGUUUAGGGGUGACGCUUCGGACGCUAGCGGACCGGUUUCAUGAGGAUUAUGCAAAGAGGCGUAGCAAGAGCAACGCUGGCACCGCCUUCGAACUCACAAUUCCCUCAGCGCUCAGCAAGAGUCUGGCCGCGUCCAUAUUGCUCAUCUAUUGCUGGAGAAUUUACAAGAAAUUCCGAUGAGUCUAGCGACCGUCUUCGGUGAAAUAGAUAUCCUCCAAUGGCUAACAGCAGCUCUCUUUGUCUCCAGGCGCAGGUUUCCUUCACGGGUUAAACGAUGUCAUCUAGAUAAUGGGGAUCAACAUAUUUUGAUCGCUGUAUUAGCGCUCGAACCGAAAGCUGGCAAUUUAACGGUAUUUCAACCAGGUGCAGAUUUCAUUUUCUCAAGCAUUCCAGCCAAGUAUCUCAAGUAUUAAAUGUUGACCAUCAAAUUGCAAUAGUCUUCUGGUAUGUGAUGCGAAAUGCAGGAUAAUGGACAGUCAUUCUUAGUAAAAGUAUGCUUUCAGACGGCCACUACAGCAUCUAAUGCAAAUUGCAAAUGGAAGGGAGACUUAGGGAUGGCUUUAUUUUGUUUUCUUUGUUGUAAUCUCAAUACAGUUUGUGAUGUCUGUGAAUUGAUGUCCUGUGAAAGACUGAUUAAAUUUAGAUUCUAAUUCAUGAAACAUUCAAAUGGCACUGAAUCGUUUUAAUUAAUAACACUGAUAUGGCAAUGAUUUCAAGUGGACACUACAACAUCUCUCUCUCUCAGCCUUUUAAGCAUCACUUGGGGAUACGACAUAACACAGGCUGGAAAGUAUAACCUAACUGAAAUAUUAAUAUGAAGAUCGACAAGAAAAACUAUUACAAGUCUGGGUGACAAAGCAUUUUUCUAGUCUUCAUUACAACAUGGUUGCUGCUAACGGCAUCAUUUUCUGUCCUAGAUCUACCUCUAAUGAAAUAUGAGACGUAUUUUUGUACAAUUUGUAUUCAUUCCUUUUAAUCAGAUACUGUUCAUUUACUCAUCUACAUUCAGCCAGGAUGUAAAAAUUAACUCAAAAGAUUUAGCCGAAAGAAAGUAAAAGAAUUGCCUAUAAAAUGGAUUCCACGCAGCUCAAGUGUAAAAUCUGGUGUUUUUUUUUUUUUACUGAUUUUUGUCAAGCAAAAGAUUUUGAUGAUACAGCGAACUGACUUCAUCUUCGAUUGACAAUUUUUCAUUCCUGGAUCUGGAUGUUACUCUUUCACUACUCAAUAGUCUUUCAAUAGUUUAGAUUACUGAUAGACUUAGAACUUGGCCACACUAGGAUAAGUUUAAAGACAUCUCUGAAAGUGUAAAUAGAGACCACUGUACAAAAAUACUCAAGCGUUAUAAAAAUUCAGUGAAGAAAUCUGAGAUUAAAAUGACAAAUGAUUUAACAAGAUUCCUUGGUAUGGGCGUAAGGUUAUUCAAAUGGAAAAUCCAUGUUCAGGAUUAUGCAAAAGAUUAUAGGGAAUAUCGCUCUAGGUAACUUGAUUAAGUCAGUGUUACAAGACAUGGUAAUGUGAAUUUUUAUCUUAUUUUAUUUCUAUCGACCGUUUUCACGAGGAGAGUGCAGUGUGUAAAUAGUGACUUUAACUAUCAAUUAAGGUGCAAUGAAAUGGGUAAGAUAUGGUAAAUUAUCCCAAAUGAACCACAUAUUGGAAAGACAAGAAUUGACAGUGAAAGGAAUUCGGUACCGGAUAAUUUGCUAUCAUCUUGCCACGGAUCAUC